GCAAGAUGCAUUAAGCGCCUAUCUGAAUCUUAGAUACGAAGUUCUUAAUGAUGUUCCACCCCUGAACACCCUAACCCAACAAUCCGUAUCCAGUUUUCCCAGCACGCUUUGGUAAUCAGGGGCGCCGGGCGUAUCGAGCGGAGCCUCUAUUGCUCCGAGUUGCUUCAAUCGUGUAAUCUACCCCGACAUCACCAACUCAAAGUGCUUGUUAACAAUCGCAGUGAUUACAAAUUCUAACCCCCAUUUACCGACGUCAAUUGCACGUAGAGCAGACGUAAGAUAUAGUAUAAAUAAAGGCGCAACUAUAUUUCAUCCUGACUCUAAAAUGACGAUAUCAAAAGCAAAGACAAAUCUUAAUGCUUCUUCAGUGACGUCACCAUGGCCCCCCAAUCCACAUCCCCCAAGAAAUCCGUCUUCGUCACCGGCGCAAACGGAUACAUCGGCUCCGCCGUCUGCCGGGCCUUUGUGCGCGCCGGCUGGCGCGUCUACGGGCUGGUCCGGCGCCCCGAAGCAGCUGGGCCUUUGUACUCCGAGGAAAUCAUCCCCAUCGUCGGAUCCAUCUCUCCAGACGCCACGUUCCCGACGGACCUCGCCAAAUACACCAAUACCCUCGACGUCAUCGUCUCGUGCACAGAACAGUUCCCCUUCGGCGCACACUACUCCACCGCCAUAUCCCUCAUCCGCAAACUCGCCGCCACAUCCAACGCCAACGGCGUCCGCCCCCUCGUCCUCGCGAGCUCCGGGUGCAAAGACUACGGGACAACCGGGGUCCACGGAUCCCCCGGUCUCGCGCCGCAUACCGAGGCCUCGCCGCUCCAGCCCAUGGACAUAAUCAAGGAGCGCGCGUUCGGGUGCCUCCAGAUCCUCGAGCACGGGGACUUAUUCGACGCGGCGGUGCUGCGGCCCACGCCCGUAUACGGCUACGACAGCAGCUACUACGGCCUAGCCUUCGAGCUCGCGGCGGGAGCUGCGCGGACGGAAUCGCGCGUUCUGGAGAUCCCGUUUGAUUUCGGGACGAUUAUCCACGGGUGCCAUAUCGACGACUGCGCGGAAGCUUACGUCGCGCUUGCUGAGCAUGCGGACCGGGACGCGGUUGCGGGACAGUGUUUUAAUAUCUCUGCCAACUGGUACGAGACGCUAACCAUGAUCGCCGAGGCGUUGAAGAUUGAGUACGGGUUGCGCGACGUAGUGCAGGCACCGGACGGGGUCGAGGCCGAUUUGUCGAUGUACAUUGCGCUAGGUCAUAGUCAGUGGGUUGACAGUAGUAAGGUCCGGCGACUGACGGGAUGGACGGACAAGAGGCUGCCGUUCUGGGAGGGCCUGCAUGUGUAUCGCAUGGCGUAUGAGGAGGCAGCUCGGAGGGGACAUGAGGGCGUGUUAAGGGUUAAGGAGAGGCUUGGGAAUGUGCUUACCGGGGUUAAGAAAUAGCUUGAGGACUAACAAUUGUAUGGAAUGUUGCCGCUUAUCAUACAGAUACUCACAUUGAAGCACCCGAGAUGCGACGAGAAAUAUCUAUAUUAGAUACCUAGGUAAUCUCUAACGAUUAGAAUAUACAGUUUUUGGACGCAAAGAAAAAAUGUAUAUAAUAGCCGUUGAGAAACAUUAUUUUCGCCGUCGAUCCUGGCUCGGCCCCUCACGCCAAGCGGUGUCCAAUUCGCUUCCAUCUUUUCCAGUGUUGAUUGCUUAUAGUUCGAUAAUAACUAUUAUUGCUUCCUUACACUUGUAGAGAACGUGACUGUAUGGUGUGUACUAAUAUAGCCCUUAUAAUU